GGGAGUUGUAGUUUUCAGUGCCCCCGAGGUGGGCUGGAGCCAAAGCCAGGGUGCUGCCUGCCCUCCUGCCUUCAUUUCCCAUCGUGCUGAGGCGGGUGGUAUGGCGGAGAAGGAUGACACCGGAGUUUGACGAAGAGGUGGUUUUUGAGAAUUCUCCACUCUACCAGUACUUACAAGAUUUGGGACACACAGAUUUUGAAAUAUGUUCUUCUUUGUCACCAAAAACAGAAAAAUGCUUGACAACAGAGGGACCUCAGCCGCCUCCCACCAGAGUCCUACAGAAACAAGGCCUCCUGUUGAAACUGACAGAAACCAUCAAGAGUUGGACUUUUUCUUCUCAGUACAGUAGGAAAGAUGACUUACUCCACAAGUUGGACACCGGAUUCCGACUGGACUCGCUGCAUACCAUCCUGCAACAGGAAGUCCUGCUACAAGAGGAUGUGGAGCUGAUUGAACUGCUUGAUCCCAGCAUCCUGUCUGCAGGGCAGCCUCAGCAGGAAAAUGGACACCUUCCAACACUCUGCUCCCUGGCAACUCCUAAUAUUUGGGAUGUCUCGCUGCUCUGCGCCUUUGCUAGUCUGCUCAUCAUGUUCCCCACGUGCUGGAUUGUGUCUUCCUGGCUGGUAUGGGGAAUAAUUCUGUCUCUUUACUUGAUCAUACGAGUUUUGAAAUUAUGGAGGACAGCCAGACUGCAAAUGACUCUGAAAAGAUAUAGGGUCCGUUUGGAAGACAUGGCAGCCAACAGCCGAGCCUUCACUAACCUUGUGAGAAAAUCCCUACGUCUCAUCCAAGAAACGGAAGUCAUUUCCAGGGGAUUUACUCUUUUGCUUGACAGGGUCAGUGCUGCUUGCUCAUUUAAUAAGGCUGCACAGCAUCCCAGCCAGCAUCUCAUCGGCCUUCGGAAAGCCGUCUACAGGACCGUAAGAGCCAACUUUCAAGCCACAAGGCUAGCUACCCUGUACAUGCUAAAAAACUACCCCCUGAACUCUGAGAGUGACAAUGUCACCAACUACAUCUGUGUGGUACCUUUUAAGGAGCUGGGGCUUGGGCUCAGUGAAGACCAGAUCUCAGAAGAGGAGGCUCGUAACCUGACAGAUGGCUUCAGCCUGCCAGCCUUGAAGGUUUUAUUCCAGCUCUGGGUGGCACAGAGUUCAGAGUUCUUCAGACGCCUGGCCCUGUUACUUUCUACAGCGAAUUCGCCUUCAGGGCCCUUACUCACUGCUGCACUCCUGCCUCAUUGUCUUCUCCGGGAUGUGACUCAAGGUCUACCUCAUGCUCACUCUGCCUGCUUGGAAGAGCUGAAGCGCAGCUAUGAGUUCUUUCGGUACUUUGAAACUCAGCACCAGGCAGUCCCCCAGCGUCUCUCCAAAACUCAACAGAAGUCAAGAGAGCUGACUAAUGUCCACACAGCAGUGCGUAGCCUACAGCUCCAUCUGAAAGCACUGCUGAAUGAAGUAAUAAUUCUUGAAGAUGAACUUGAAAAGCUUGUUUGUACUAAAGAAACACAAGAGCUGCUCUCUGAGGCUUAUCCAAUCCUAGAGCAGAAAUUAAAACUGAUUGAGCCACACGUUCAGGCCAGCAACAGUUGCUGGGAGGAAGCCAUUUCUCAAGUGGAUAAACUGCUCCGGAGGAAUACAGAUAAAAAAGGCAAGCCUGGAGUAGCGUGUGAGAACCCACACUGCACCGCGGCGCCCUUGUUGCGGCCGACUCUACACAUUGAGGACAGAGACCCCAUCCCUGAGGAGCAGGAAUUAGAAGCUUAUGUGGAUGACAUAGACAUAGAAAGUGAGUUCCGAAAGGACGAUGUGUAUCACUUGUCUCAGGAAGACAGAGAGAGACAGAAGCGCGAGCAGGAAGAGUCCAGGAGGGUCCUGCAGGAGCUGAAAUCCGUGCUGGGGUUUAAAGCGUCAGAGGCAGAAAGGCAAAAAUGGAAGCAGCUGCUGUUCAGUGACCACGCUGUGUUGAAAUCCUUGUCUCCUGUAGACCCAGUGGAAUCUGUAAGUAAUUCAGAAACACGCAUGAAUUCCGAUACAGAAAAAGUCAAUAGUAAUGCUACUGAAGAGACUAGUAAGCCCUGUGCCAGCAACCAGGAAGACAGUAGGACUGAGUAUGUGUGUGAUGGCCCUCCAGAGGGGCAAAGCACAGACACCUCUGCAGACGAAGGCCUCCUCCUCCGAGGAGCAGAGGAAACUGCGUGCUACCAGCGAGAGAGGGAGGCUAGGUCUCCUCCAGCUGCUGCGGCGGGGGCCACCACCCCUCCAGCUCCCGGGGACUCACUGCAGCUCUCCAUUAAGCAGAGGCUGGCUCGACUCCAACUGUCACCAGAAUUCACCUUCUCUGCUGGCCUGGCUGCAGAAGUGGCCGCCAGGUCUCUGUCCUUCACCACCAUGCAGGAACAGACUUUUGGCGAUGAGGAAGAAGAACAGCUAGGGGAAGGAAGUGAAAAUGAGAUGGAGGAAAAAUAAAAGCCAAGAUGAAGCGAUGUCCUUGAGUGUUCCUUUUACAAAAGUGUUCUAGCUGCAAGACUGCAAAGGGAAACGAGUGUGUGUUUACUCUCUAGAAGGCUCCGGCGCGAAUUUACAGGGUAAAUAAGGAUUUGAAUACCUGACCUGACAUUAGUAGAUACCUGUAUAGGCAGAUCCUUUAGGCAUAGGAGAGAAAGGUAAGGGCGAAUUUUUUUUUUAAAUAAACUGCUGUUUUGUUUGUGGCAAAACUGAUAAUCUUGGCAAAUCUUUAAGUACUUUUAAUAAAAAAAAAAAUGCGUUUAUCAUUUUUUGCCAAAACUGUGCUGCCAUGAGGUAACUAGGGUAAUUGUCUUGCGGAGCAUAAACAUUUAGAAUGAGCCCUUUCUACUGUGUCCGUGCAGUGUGUAACUGCAGCGGUCAUGUUAAUACAAUGUUCGUACUUUAUUUUGUUUAUACCACUCUUAAAACAAAGAUACAGGUUCUAAAUAAAAGUAUUAAAUUACUACACCUGAUGUGUACUGGGGUUUGGAACUUAGAGGUAGUCUGAAGGUGCUUUGGCUGCAGCAUAUCUCGUGCGUUUCCUUGUUCGUAUGUGCCCCUCUCAUGAUGCCGUACGAAGUUUAAAAGGAAAAUCGUGUGCCCUCUUAGGAAGGCCGAAGAUGUCCAAGUGCUGUCGCUACAGCAAAGGCCCCAGCCCCAGCCCUGCAGAAACUAGUUUACACCAGUUUACAUGGAGACAACUGUGCCUCUGCUGUAAGUAGGUCCUGGGCUGUCUUCUAGCCUGGCCUGUCUUACUAAGACUCAGGAAACACGUCAGCUCUCUUGGAAAGUAUCCUUGUACCUUUGUAUUUCGUUGUGAAUAUGUCUCGAGAUGCUGCCAGAGACCAGUCUGUCUGCUUUGUGCUGGAACUGUGUUUUUAAUGAUAGUUUCAGAAAUAUUCUCCUUCUGAAACCUGUUGCUACCAUGCAUACACAGAGUUUAUAAGCAUUACUUUGUGAGGAAUGUAAGAAACAAAACCCAAUUUAUGCUGCUUUUUCAGGAGGAAAGUAUAUGACUUCCUAUAACUUACUGCUUUUAGUAAGGAAGCUUACUACUUCAAGAUUUGUUGUUGUUUUAGUAACUAUUUCUUAUCCUGAGGAAAAUCUUCUACUUUGUAUGACUAGACUUUACACUGUUAGUGACUCUGCCUUUUUCUGAUGCUUAGCAGUGCCAGCCUGUGAGGAACAGUCCCUUCAGUCAGACAUGGAAAUAGCUAAAUCCCAAGAGAAAGGGAAGGUUCUCAGCACUGUAAUGACGUAUGUAUUUCUGAGUAACACGGUUUUACUUUCUUAAAUUAUUGUUUGCCAACUCCAUUUCCCCCCAAA